CACCAGACAGAGGCACAUCUGGCUGGGCACCAGACAGAGGCACAUCGGGCUGGGCACCGGAUCACCAGGCGGAGCGGCAGGCACCGGGCCACCAGGCGGAGCGGCGGGCACGGGCCCCAGGCGGAGAGACGGGCACCGGGCCACCAGGUGGGGCGGCGGGCACCGGGCCACCAGGCGGAGCGGUGGGCACCGGGCCCCCAGGCGGAGCGGCGGGCACCGGGCCCCCAGGCGGGGAGGUGGGCCCCGAGUCGUCUGGCAAGACCGCGGGCCCCGAGUCAUCUGGCAAGACAGCGGGCCCCGAGUCACCAGGCACGACAGUGGGCCCCGAGUCACCAGGCACUACAGCGAGCUCCGAGUCAACCGGCACGACAGCGGGCACCGGGUCAUCAGGUACGACAGCGGGCACUGGGUCAUCAGACAUUGGAUCGUCUUGCUCGACAGCGGGCAUCGGGUCACCAGGCACGACAGCGGGCAUCGGGUCAUCAGGCACGA